CCCUUCCUGGACGGCAACCUCGGUCUCACUUGAUUAAAAAAUCUUGCUGCUAACAGCCCUGGGGCAAACAUCCUGCGAGCCGCCAUGACUGUGACCGCUCUACGCGUGUCAGACUCCCUUCGAUUACGUUUUUAGAAGUUGUCAAAGCGCACAGGCGGCCAUGUUUGAUAAGGGAGCUCGUAAGGGCACUUCUCCCAUCUGUAAUUGUUGUGAAUUGACAAAACACGUGUUCUGUACUAGCUAAAAAAAAAAAAAAGACCCAAAUGUAAAAACCAAAUGACAGGAAUAAACGUGUUUUGAAUAGUAGUCGCGGAAGUUAUUCCUCGUUAGUGCAGUGACCUCUGCAGGUCAGUUUCCAGUCACAGGGUUGUUCAUUAUCACGUUGCCCAUACGCGCUUUGCAGGGAAUUCGAUUCACACUUUGUUUUGGAUAAAAUGUGGCUGCAGAGAAGUGUGCGGCAGUAUUCUAGAACCAUUCGGCUAAGCUCGGAAGCUAUAUGGCCACCAGGAGCUCCCCAGUCACAGCCCCAUCUUAUCACCACGCCGAUAUUCUACGUGAAUGCUGCUCCCCACCUCGGACAUGUGUACUCUGUUUUACAAGCCGAUGCUCAACAUCGAUAUGCCGCACUUUAUGGGGAGAAGACCAGACUGAGCACAGGUAUUUACUACAACCUCUUGUUAUUCGCUCUAAACUGAGGCAGAGUAGAUUUAAAUAAAAAAACAAAAAAAAAAAUUCUAAAUUGUUUUAUGCCAUACAUGGUGGUAUUCAAAUAUUUAAGGCAUAACACAAAGUUUAGAAUUCUGCAAAUUAAUGUUGACAGUUUUCAAUAUAAUGCAUCUUAAAGGGAUACUUGUAGGUACUUUAACAACGUAAUUGUUCCUAUGGGAAAGCAUUGGAUUGGCUAAAAAUUGGCAAUUCUAAAAAUGUCAUCAAGGAGGCAGGGUCAGCGCACCUGCACGGCUCUGGAAAGAAGGUGAGUUUUAAAGUUUUCAUUCCUUUUAAGUUGGCUGAGGGGAGGGGGGGGUAAAGGGAGCUAUAGUGCCAGGAAUAUUAUUAUUAUUAUUAUUAUUAUUAUUAUUAUUAUUAUUAUGAUAUUUAUAGAGCGCCGUCAAAUUCCCUAGCGCUUUACAAUGGGUGGACGAACAGACAUGUAUUUGUAACCAGACAAGUUGGACACACAGGAACAGAGGGGUUGAGGGCCCUGCUCAAUGAGCUUACAUGCUAAAGGGAGUGGGGUAAAAUGACACAAAGGAGACUGGGUGAACAUCUAACGGAGAAGGGAAGCGAGUUCCACAGGAACGGUGCAGCCCUCGAGAAAUCUUGAAGGCGAGCAUCAGAGGUGGGAGUACGGACAGAAGAUAGGCGUAAGUCUUCAGUAGAUCGUAAGGGCCUAGACGGGACAUACUUGUGUAUAAGGGAGGAUAGAUAGGUGGGAGCAGCAUUAUGUAGAGAUUUGAAAGCAAGAACCAGAAUUUUAAAUUGAGCUCUAUAUUUUAUAGGAAGCCAAUGUAGGGACUGACAGAAGGGUGAGGCAUGGGAGGUGCGGGCGGACAGGAAGAUGAGCCUCGCCGCCGCAUUCAUUAUAGAGUGUAACGGCGCUAGUUGGGAGCACGUAAGACCACUGUGAAGCGGAUUACAGUAGUCAAGGCGAGAAAGGACAGUGGAAUGGACCAACUCCUUAGUGGCAUCUGGCGUUAAGUAGGGGCGGAUGCGCGCAAUGUUUUUGAGAUGGAAAUGACAGGAUUUGGUGAUAGAUUGAACAUGAGGCUUGAAGGAGUGGUCGGAGUCAAAGAGAACACCUAGGCAGCGAGCCUGCGUGGUGGAGCUGAUGGUAGCACCAUUGACUUGGAGGGAGACGGACACAGGAGUAACAACACUUGAGGGAGGAAAGACCAGAAUUUCAGUUUUGGUCAAAUUUAGUUUAAGGAAGUGGGCAGCCAUCCAGUUAGAAACAGCAGAGAGGCAGUCAGAGACACUAGCCAAGAGGGACGGGGAGAGAUCAGGAGAGGACAGGUAGAUUUGCGUGUCAUCUGCAUAGAAAUGAUAUUGGAAGCCAAAGGAGCUAAUGCGUUUACCAAGGGAGGCAGUAUAGAUGGAGAUUACCAAGGGAGGCAGUAUAGAUGGAGAAUAUAGCUUUGUGUUCCUGGCACUAUAGUAUCCCUUUAAUAAGAGAGCUUGGAAGCGCAGUUUCAAGCAAUGCCUCCAAGCCCUGUUGGUGUGAGAGCCAGGAACUUCCCCGUUUUCGUACCAUAACAUACCGUGACUUCCGAGCAUUGGAUUGGCAAUCCGAGCAUUGGAUCUCACUGACAGCCGCUAGAGGCGCUUCUGUGAAAAUUCCAGUGAGAAGACGCUGGACGUCCAUAGGAAAGUAUUAAGUAAUGCUUUCCUAUGGGCGCGUGGCUCUUGCCACGCAUGUGGAGCUGAGAGGCGGAUCGGGGCGGAAGGAUCACCAGCACCAAGGGAGUCCGGCGCUGUAGAAAGGUAAGUACUGAAGGGGUUUUAAACGCACGCGCAUACACUUGCUAACAGACACACACAUUUACUGACCUAGACAUACUCAGUUACAGACAUACAUACACACUCACUUACAAAACAUAUACUCUCACUGACAAGCACACACUCAUGCCAGAGCCGGAGUUACGUCAGAUUUUUGGAUAUGUUGGUCCCCCAGAUCGGGGCUAUCAUGGGAUAAGACUUUUGUGGGGAUUCCAUGUGUUUUGGGGGUACUUAAUAUCAUCAGAUUCAAUUUCAAACCAAUUUUGAGUAUUAUCAUCUUGCUCCCAUACUUGGAUUAACUCAACCCCAAAUUGCAUUUAUGCUCACCCAUACUCUGUUCACACCCACAUUACUAACUCUAGGGCAAUUUAAUGCCAUUGCUUGUCCUGAUGAACUUUCUGAUUCUAAAGGUCUUUAACCUGUUAUGACAGCCAACAUACACUGUACAAUUUCACCACUUACACUUGCCGUUGCCUUUUCAAAUACUUCUACAACCACCUGACUAAUUCUGGAUUACCCCUGAAUAAUUUUGUGAAUUAGAAAUGGAAAAAAAAUGUAUGUCAACUGCAAAUAUAUGCAUACAACAUACUGUACUUAAUAGUAUGGAUCUGGCUAUUUAGUAUAAAUGUAUGGGUGUGUAUUGCUCAUUCUUGGGUCCUCUACUAGAGUCCUGAGUGUCUGAGAGUUCUGUGUGGUUGGCUGUUUCUAAAACUUUAUUCUUGGCUAUAUUAAGAUUUUUGUUUUACAGGAACAGAUGAACAUGGUAUGAAGGUACAGCAGGCUGCAGAGUCACUAGGCAAAGACCCAUAUACAUUCUGUACAUCAGUAUCUCAUCAGUUCCGUGCAGUAUUUGAUGCUCUUGACAUUUCCUACACUGAUUUUGUACGCACAUCAGAAUCUCGUCAUGCUCAUGCAGUAAACCAUGUUUGGCUGCAACUGGAGGAAAAAGGAUACAUUUACAAGGGAACUUAUCAUGGCUGGUAUUGCACAUCUGAUGAAGCAUUUUUGAGUGAUGGACAAACGGCGAUGAAAACAGAUGACAAAGGAAACCAGAUCAGAGUGUCUUUGGAGAGUGGACAUCAGGUAUGGGCAAAAAUGUAGUGCUCAAUUCAGUAGAGUAGGAGAAUAAUAAUGCUCAAAACCUCCUAGGCAAAAAUUACAAGUCUUGAUGAUCACGGGGAACUCCAACUAUUGCCAAACUCUUCACUAGUGAGGCAGUCGGGCAACAACUUUCCACAGGUUCCCCAUGGAUGUAAAGUGAUCUGUGUGUAUCCAAGACGCUUAAAGUAUAAUUCAGCGCUCCACUUUAGGGAGUCUUUUUAAGUGGACUGGUUUUUUUACCACCCCCUUCUUAAUUCCCCAUGGAAUCUGAUCACUUUGGCAUCAUGCUACAAAGAUCUAAUGCCAGCUUCUAUAGGGGAUCUUUGGUGGCACAUUGGAACGUCAUAAUUUAAGGAUGAGACAUAGAGCAAUAGCUUUCCUGAACCUGCCUCUGCAUAGAAUCGCUGUGAUAAGCUGCAGGCAGACUCUGUGUUCAGUGCACACACUGAUCAGUUGCAGACAAAGAAACAAGAAAGACAAACAAAAUAGAUAUAAAACUAAAAUUAGAUGUUGGAUAGAUUUGAGUGCAGCUAACUGUUUUUUUUGCCUCAGGCAGUAAAAUCCUGGCAGCAGACCUGAUGGGUACUGUAACGAAGUGCCUGUACCUAGAGCAGUAUCUUAAAGUUAUAGUGAUUUCAGCUGUUUAGAAAAAGUACAAACGAUGUACAAAAUGUGGGCUUAAAGUGUGUGCAUAUUUAAAUCCAAAUUGGGAAAAUGGUUUAAGAAUUAACAAAAAUCGUGUAAGUCAAAUUAAAGAGGUUGAAGCCAUAUUUGGAUAGGAAAAGGGUUGUAUUAGUUUUCAUUGUCAGCACUUUUUAUAGGUAGUCUGUUGGCCCCUCCUUUUCAAAUGAAAUCUCUUGAAUGCAAACCAUAUAUACAAUGAUCAACCAAAAUAUUAAAACCACUGACAUGUGAAGUGAAUAACAUUAAUUAUAUAAUUACAAUGAUAUCUCAUUUGACAUGUGCCACUUACCUAGAGAUUGUUGCAGAUCACGUACACCCUAUAACAAUAGUUUUCCCUGAUGGUAGUGGCCUGUUUCAACACGAUAAUGCACCCUGCCACACUGUAUAAAUUGUUCAGGAAUGGUUUGAGGAAUAGGACAAAGAGUUCAAGGUGUUGCCUUGGCCCCCAAAUUCUCCAGAUCUCAAUCUAAUUGGAAUAACAAUUCCAUGGAUGCCCCACCUCACAACUUGCAUGGCUUAAAUCAUCUUCUGCUAAUGGAUAGUUCUAGACACCACAGGACACGUUCAGAGGUCUUGUGGAGUCCAUACCUCAAGCAUCAGCGCUGUUUUGGCAGGAAAGGAGCUGGAAGGCUUAAUUGCUUUGUUACUGUCUUUUCUGCUCCUCUCAUGACAUUUGUUUAAUGAGAGGGCUGAACUAGAUGGCGGAGAAUACAUGAAUAUCACCCAUUAUCAUUAUUUGCAAUUAUAUAAAUAAAUGUAGAUUUAUUGUUGGACAUUUUGGAAAUGUUUACUUCAAACAUUGUAUUACACUUAUGCUUAUUUCACUUAUUUCGCUCAUUCCUUGUAUAAUCAGUUUAACAGUUAUUUAUUUUUCUCAGGUGCACUGGAUGAGUGAGGAGAACUACAUGUUUCGUUUGUCCACAUUCCGUCCCUUGCUCCUACGUUGGUUGCAGACAGAACCAGUGCGUCCUGCCAAUUUUCAACGUAUUGUAAGCCAGUGGCUAGAGGAUGAACUUCCCGAUCUGUCUGUGUCUCGGCAGCGUAGUCGUCUUACUUGGGGUAUACCUGUUCCUUCUGAUCCAUCUCACACCAUUUAUGUCUGGUUUGAUGCUCUAGUUAAUUACUUAACUGCUUCUGGAUACCCCAAUCCACAUUUGGCACCCUGGGGCCCCUCUACCCACAUCUUGGGUAAGGACAUUUUACGUUUUCAUGCUGUAUACUGGCCAGCAUUCCUGCUUGCUGCAGGCCUGACACCACCACGGACAUUACUUGUCCAUUCUCAUUGGACUUGUGGAGGAGUUAAAAUGUCCAAAAGUCUGCAGAAUGUAGUGGAUCCAAUAGAAUGUGUGAAAAGUUACACAAAAGAUGGCCUCCGCUAUUUUUUACUGCGCAGUGGUGCCCCAGACCAUGACUGUGAUUUUAACCAUUAUACAGUCCGCACAUUGCUAAACUCGGAGCUUGCAGAUGCCCUAGGAGGACUGUUAAAUCGAUGUACAGCACACACCAUAAAUCCCAUGCAGCGUUUCCCCUAUUACAACCCUGACAGUAUACCAUCCUCUGUUCAUGACCAAUUGCAGGAUUUAUUGAGAUCAUUGCUGGAGCUGCCAGCAGAAGUGCACCAAUGGGUGGAGAAAUUUCAAGUGAACAAAGCCUUGGAGGCAAUUGAUGCCAAAGUACGACAGACUAAUGCUUUUUUUCAGUCCCAGGCCCCAUGGAAGCUUUACAAAGGAAAUAAUAAAGAAGUUGCCUGGGCUGAAUCUGUACUUUAUAUCUCACUUGAGGCAAUGAGACUUUAUGCCACUCUGCUGCAACCUGCAGUUCCUGGUCUUGCUAAUGUUAUUCUAAAUCGUCUUGGGGUUUCCCUUGCCCACAGAACACUGAAAGAAAACCACUUCUUAAAUGCUGCCUUAGGAAGGCACUGUUGCUUUCAGGGUCAAUCUUUGGGGCCUGACUGUGGACUGCUAUUUCCUAGACUAGAAAAAAAAGAUGGCGAGGAACAAUUUGCAGUCCGCAAAAAAGAUUAUAGAGAAACACAAUUAGUUUAACUUUUUUUUUUUGCACUAUGUACUUUGAAUUAUUUCUUCCUUUUUAUUUGCAAAUCAUCUACAUUGAUGCUGAUAUGAAUAGAAGAUAUUUAUUACAUCUCUGCAUUUGUCUAUAAUAAUGAUCAUUAAGUCAUAAUUUAAAAUAUGAAAAAAUAGGGACAUUGAAAGAACUGUUUUGUUUAAUAAUAAUAAUUUGAAAUCACAUAUCUUGGGGAAGGGUGGGGGGGGGGAUCUAUAUUUAUUCUGGAAUUGCAUUACAGGUGUCAUCUGUUUUUGGCAAACACAGAUAACAUAUUGUCAGUAUAAUUUAAUUGUUUAAAAUCAAAAUAUUUUUUUCAAUUGUUGAUGUGGUGAUUCUGGACAAACUAUAUAUAGCAAAAUGUUGUUAAAAAAACCCCAUCAUUUUGUUAUAUAUGUCUCCUUAGUAACAGUAGUGCGCACAGAUAAAAAUAUAUUACAACUCACUAACCCCAUUGUUAUCUCAAAAGACAGAGGUCCCCCUUAUCCUGUUCGUUCUGGUUCUUGAAUCAGUCCUGCAGUGGAUCAUGGAAAAAACUAAAAUCUUUUUGUGAGGUUUCACUGUCUGAUAAGAACUACAAGGUCUCUGCUUUUGCCAAAGACUUCCUAUUCAGGCUUUCAGACCCACUAUGCUCAAUACCACACAUCUUUACACCAAGGUCUCUAACUUCGAAGCCAACCUGACUAAAUGCGAAAUCCAAACCUGUUACAACGCACACUUCAACGAGGCUUCAAUUUCGUAUGGGCUGACACCUGUAUUAAAUAUUUGAGUCUCCCUACCCAACACCCUGACAUGCCUUAACUUCCCAUCGUUACUUCACUGUAUCACAACAAUAUUUCAACACAGUUCUCCAUGCUAGAAUCUACGAUUGACUCUUUCUUCAGAGUCCCAAUUUUCACAACCCCCUGGCAUAAAUCGGGACACUACCACCAUCCAACUAUUACUCCCACAUUGAGAAUGUGGUCACACAUGAGGCACAACCAAGACCUCUCUCCUUACCCAUCACUGCUAUACCCAAUAUAGCAUAAUCCUCUGUUUAAACCUUCCCCUGAAAACCAUACUUAGUGAGUAGGGUGUCAUCCCCCACCCGUAACAGUAAUAUAAAUUACUCAAUCACUAGCGACACACGCUUCUCUCCCCUUAUAUUAUCUAUUACUCUUUUGUUUAAUAAAACAAAACUGUUUUACUAAUUCGAUGACAAUGUGCACCAUAAACUUUAGGCACACACUCUCAGUGUUUGUAACUUUACACUCCGUACCAGACAUUAUAACUAUUCUGAUACUUGCUUGCGUUUGUCUGCGUGGACUUGAUAACUUCUUCGAAGCUUACAUGUUCCAUGUUACAGGAGGUAGCCUCCACUCACUAGUCUACCCACCACCAUUAAUUUCCGCACUGCUGUAUGCUAUCAGACUGGUGAUAUGCAUUGUGAAAGAUGACCCAUGAUCAGGGCCAGGCUACGGCCCCCUGAAUGAGCCCUGUCAUGUGGAAGACUCUUGAUAGCUCCAUGUUCCCUAUUCUGUUUUGGGUAACCUGCACCUAAUUUAUGUACUAAUGUAUUCUGUUUUAUGUAUACACUACUCGAUUUUGUACUAUUGUAAUACACUGUAUGUAAAAUUGAUAUUUACAAAAUAAAUAUAUUCGAAACAAAGUUACACCAAGC